AUGAUGAUGUUGAUCCUCUCCAGCCUCACAGCGGGACUCACGGCGCUCCUGCUGUACCAGAGACUCGCCUAUCCAUUCUUCUGGGACGAUUUGAUGAACUACUUAAAACUCAGGGGUUACAAAAAGAAGGCGGCUGCACGCAUGAAACAGGGGGUCGUCACGUACCUGGACUGCUUCUUGCAUCAGGCGAGACUUAACCCCAACAAAGCCUUCAUCAUCUUUGAGGAUCAGACGUGGACGUACGGAGAGGUGAACCGGAGAAGUAUCAAGUUUGCCAACGCGCUUCGGACCCGGGGCACUUUAAAACCCGGGGACAUAGUUUCCUUGUUGAUGUGCAAUGAUCCGGACUUCAUCUGUGUGUGGUUAGGGCUCUGCAGGUUGGGCUGUCAGGUCGCCUUUCUCAACGUCAAUAUAAAAGCAAAUUCCCUGCUCCACUGCUUACAAAGCUGUGGAUCCAAGGCUCUGGUUGUCGGUGCAGAUUUGGUGAGUGUGGUGAAGGAGGUGUGGUCCGACCUAAAGAAGGACAACUUGCUGGUUUGGGUGAUGGAUCACUCAUCGCCCUGUCAGGAAUUUGAGACUUUACUGGAAAAGGUUGAGAAAAUGCCUUCUGAAGAAAGCAACGGCCUACCUGCGGUUGAUCUUAUGUCCAAUUUUCUGUUCAUCUUCACAUCUGGCACUACAGGUCUUCCAAAGGCGGCGCGUGUCGGCCACCUGAAAGCUGUCAUGAGCAUGGCGUUUCUUGAGAUGUGUGGCGCCCUUUCAAGUGACGUCAUCUACAUCACUCUUCCACUUUACCACAUGUCUGCUUCCCUUUUAGCAGUGGGUGGAUGCAUCAGUCUGGGUGCUACUUGUGUCCUGAAGAAAAAGUUUUCUGCCAGGCAAUUUUGGAAAGACUGUGUAAAAUAUAAUGUGACUGUAGUGCAAUAUAUUGGUGAACUGUGCAGAUAUUUACUGAACCAUCCAACGGUUCCUGAGGAGCGGGCUCACUGCGUGCGCCUCUUUGCCGGCAGUGGUCUGCGCUCUGAUGUUUGGAGAGAGCUUCCUCAGCGCUUUGGAAAGAUCAAGAUCAGGGAAGGAUAUGGCCUCACUGAGGCCAGUAUUGGCUUCCUCAACUACACUGACGAGGUUGGACCCAUCGGGAGGGCCAGCUAUUUCAACAAGCUUUCAAUGCCAUUUGAGCUUUUGCAAUGCGAUCCACUUCAUUAUGAACCUGUGAGAACAGACACUGGGAGGUGCAUAAAGGCAGAAACAGAUGAAGCCGGUCUCUUGGUCGCCCCCCUCUCCAUAAUGAACCAGUUUCUUGGAUAUGCGGGGAACACGGUGCAGUCAGAGAAGAAGUUGCUACGGGACGUGCUCCGGCCGGGAGAUGUGUACUUUAACACUGGAGACUUACUCCUGCAGGACUCCAGGGGCUUCUUGUAUUUCCGUGAUCGCAUUGGAGACACCUUCAGAUGGAAAGGAGAAAACGUGUCCACAACAGAAGUGUCAGAGGUUCUGGGAUGUCUUGAAUUUAUUCAGGAAGCAAAUGUCUAUGGAGUCACAGUCCCAGGGAAUGAAGGACGCGCAGGCAUGGCUGCAGUAGUCCUUAAGCCCGGAUGUAAAUUAGAUGGCCCACAGCUCUGCAGUCAUUUGGUGGAAACGCUGCCUCCUUAUGCCUGGCCGUGGUUUCUCAGAGUGCAGACGGUGCUUGAAGUGACAGAGACAAUGAAACAGCAGAAGUCGAAGCUCGUACAAGAGGCGGCGAGAGGCGAAAUCGCAGCAGACGUGGCACUGGCCUACGUCAUCAGUGUGAGCCUCAUUCAUGAGACAGAAACACAGCAGCGAGUAAAGAUGAUGGAAGAAAGUGGCAUAGAGGUUACACCUCCAACUAGCCCUAACCCCUCUCCAAGUUUGGCUCCAGUGGUGGCUUCCACAGCCAGUGCUCCAACAGAGCCUUCAAGCACUAGUUCCAUCUCUGUUGGUUCCAUCUCUGCUCCUAACUCAUCACUGCCGGCUGUCACCAGUCCGUACAUGCCUCCUCUGACUCUGCCGGGGCAGUAUCACGCCACACUCUCUGCCCCUUAUACCCACACCACACAGUUCCCCACCACGGCCUCCCCUGCCUUUCCAAUGAUACCUAUGAUCUCUUCGGCGGGACCAUCUCCGGCAGCAGUCCCUGGGCUGACCGCCCCUCCUGUUGGUCCUCCUAUGACUGGAUUCUCUAUGAGUGCCGGGUUUGACAUCACCAGAGGCCAUGCAGGACGAGCACCACAGACCCCCCUGAUGCCUUCCUUUUCCAAUCCCUCAGCUGUGCCAGGUGUUAUAUCUAAUCCCAUGAUGCAACAGCCUGUUAUGUCCGGAGGAGUAAACGCAGGCUCUCCCAUUACUUUUCCUGAGGAGCAGGAAGACCCGAGAGUGCCUGGACCUCCAAACUCUACUGGGGGAAUUUGGGGAUUCUUUAAGGGUGUAGCAGGUAAUCCUGUGGUGAAGACCGUCCUGGACAAAACAAAGCACUCUGUGGAGUCGAUGAUCACCACUUUGGACCCUGGGAUGGCUCCUUACAUCAAAUCUGGGGGAGACGUGGACAUUGUUGUGGCGUCUGAGAAGGAGAUGCAGGUGGAGGCUGUGAGGGACGCGUUUCAGGAAGUGUUUGGGAUGGCCAUGGUAACUGGGGAAGCUGGACAAUCCAACAUUGCCCCACAACCUGUUGGUUAUGCUGCUGGCAUCAAGGGAGCGCAGGAGCGGAUUGACGGCCUGCGGCGGUCUGGCGUGAUCCAUGAGAAGCAGCCGGUGGUCUCAUUGGAAAACUUAAUUGCUGAACUCUUUCCUGACAAGUGGUUUGACAUUGCCUGCUUGAUCUUGGAGGAUCCAGGAAACAACAUCCGCAUUGAGGUCUUUACUCAAGCUACACCUCUGGCUCUGGAGCAUGUGCAGCAGGCCCAGUCAUUGACCCCUCCGGACUACAGUCUACGAUGGUCUGGUCUCAUUGCUACAAUGGGUGAGGUUCUAGAGCGAAGUCUUUCCAAUAUCAACCGCACAGACUGGCACUUCGCCUUGACAGGCAUGACCCAGCGCCAGAUGAUACAGAGUGCAGCCAAAGCACUGGCUGGGAUGUACAAACAGCAGCUGCCCCCACGGACUUUUUAG